GCGGAGGAGUGUUGAGAUGAAGAUAAAGUAAGGCCCUGGCAAUGGGUCACCACUGCUGCAGCAAGCAGAAGGUGAGGAGGGGCCUAUGGUCUCCUGAAGAAGACGAGAAGCUGAUCCGGUACAUCACCUCCCAUGGCCACAGCUGCUGGAGCACUGUCGCCAAAGAAGCAGGGUUGCAGAGGUGUGGAAAGAGUUGCAGGCUAAGGUGGAUCAAUUACUUGAGGCCAGAUCUAAAGAGGGGAUCCUUCUCAGCAGAAGAUGAAAGAAUUGUGAUAGACGUUCACAGGAUCUUAGGCAACAAGUGGGCUCAGAUUGCGAAGCAUCUCCCUGGAAGAACAGACAAUGAGGUGAAGAACUUCUGGAACUCAUGCAUAAAGAAGAAGCUGCUAGCCCAAGGAUUGGAUCCGAAGACACAUAACCUAAUCCCUGCUGCUGCUCGAUCGAAUGGUGCCAAUUCAGCUGAGCCUCCUCGAUUCCGCUAUGCUCAAUCCUCUACCUGCACGCCCUUCACAAUUAGCUCAUCCAUCAAAAGCUUUGAUGAUAUGAACAACUCCAUGGACUUGAAUCCACCUGCUUCUUUCCAUGAGACAGCAGCACCUGUGUCCAACUUCCAGUACCAAGACAACCAUGUCUUGAUGAGCUUCAAGGAUCAGAAUGGCUUUUCUUCUUCUUCUUCCUCCUUGGACUACACAAACAUAGCCUCCUCUUCAUUUCAUCAACCUGGUUUCAUUGAUGAUUGCAUGUGGGAUAGUUCUGUUGAGCCCUUGCAAGCCCUGAGGCAAAUUGAGGUAGGACAUGAACAAGGGGUUGAUCAACUGCAAGUGCAACCCUCAAUGUGCAAGAUGUUCUUCAAUGAGGCCAAUAAGAAGGGGCCAGUGAUGGAAAUCUCCGACAGCAACGGCGGUGGCGGCGCAACCUUCAAUCUUGAGAUGCUGGAUAAUGCAUGGCUGCCUUGUGUAGAGCUUUCCAGUGGGAGCUUCAUGGAUCAACUGCAGUGGGAUUAUUGGGUCUGAUUCCUUCGUUUAGCUCUAUGGAGAACAACUUCAGAUCUGGAAGAUGAUCUCAGAAUGUGCAUUCAUCUGUGAAAGCUUUUCAAAUAUACCUGACAUUGCCUAUGUCAGUUCCCUACAAUAAAUUUUGAUGGAGAUUUAUUCAUAUUGACCAUGUUUUGUAUCCUCCAAUCAUAGAA